AUGUUGUUGCUCACACCCAGCUUCGUCCUAGGACUUCUUGGGUCUUUGGCCGCGGUUUCUACGACCAGCGCGUGUGAAGAUGGUCAUGCUCACGAUCACGCGAAGAGGACUACCCCGUCUGUCCAGUUGACCCCACCAACGCGCCAGCUCGAAUGGGGCGACAUCAACAUUAUCCACACCACUGAUAGUCAUGGAUGGCUUCUUGGACAUCAGAAAUCGUCUUUCCCAGAGCCUAAUUACAGCGGUACCUUUGGGGACUUUGCAUCUUUUGUGACCCAUAUGAAGGAAUUGGCCAUUGAACGCGACACAGAUCUUUUACUUGUCGAUUCUGGUGACCUUCAUGACGGCACUGGCUUGACCGAUGGGUUCCCAGCUGGUGGCAUUGAUGCGCAUGAUGCCAACCAAUUCAUCAAACAAUUGCCGUACGAUAUAAUGGCCAUCGGAAAUCACGAGCUGUAUAUCUAUGCCAAUGCCCUCGACAUGCAUCAAAACUUUGCACCGAGUCUGAAGGGACGCUACUUGUCCUCCAACGUCAACAUUACGGUUCUCAAUGAAAAAGGACAGGUAGUCAGUGUACCUGUUGGAGAACGAUUCGCUAAGUUCAAGACGAGAAAGGGUCGUAAAGUCACUUCUCUCGGUGUUUUGUUCGAUUUCACUGGAAACGACCACAAUACGAAGGUGCAGAAAGUUUCGGAUAUGGUGAAAGAAACUUGGUUUGCAGAAGCUAUCAAGGAAGAGCCAGACUUUUUCUUGCUCGUUGGGCAUAUGCCAAUUGCUCGUGACGAUUGGCCUCUUGUUUUCAAUGCUGUUCGUGCUGUUCAUCCCACCACGCCCAUUCUGAUCCUUGGUGGACACACCCAUAUUCGCGACUGCCUUCAACUCGAUGGUCGUUCAAUGUCACUGGAGAGUGGAAGGUACAUGGAAACCAUUGGGUGGCUCAGCGCCAAAUUGGAUAAAAAGGGGAGCAAAAAGAACAUCACGUUCAGUCGUAGGUAUCUUGACCCCAAUCGAGUAACUUUUGAGUUCCAUACCAGAAAGAACAGCUUCAAUUUCGACACCCUUCAAGGAGAGAGCAUAACUAAAGGAUUGAACAAUCUAGCCAAGAAAUUCGAUCUUUCCUUCCAAUUUGGAACUGCUCCUCACGAUUUCACAAUCAGCCAGGCGCCAUUCCCAUCCAACGAUUCUCUUCUUAGUCUGUUCAUUGAAAAUGCCGUCCCCGUUGCUUUAGCUAUCAAUAACACCAGAGCUUCGAUACCCAACAUCAUGAUUACCAACUCGGGCUCGCAGCGAUUUGACAUAUACGCCGGACCUUUCACCAAGAACGACCAGCUGACAGCGUCGCCAUUCGACGAUUCGUUCUUGUUCAUCCCUAAUGUGCCAUUCUCCAUUGCCAACAAAGUUCUCCCCGCCCUCAAUGAAGCCGGUGCGAACGAAAGACGAGAACUUUUGGAGGAGAGAGAGCGUGAGCUUUAUGGUCGCGGUCACGUCGAUAUGGUUUACAACCGCUGGCUGGAGGAACAGGAUAGAAGGAGCGGGAUCGAGAGAAGGGCCGCGCAAAACUUGACACUUGGAUACGUUACCAGCGAUGCUUGCCCAGGUGUCGGAGACGAUGUUCUCCAUGCUCCAUUACCUUUCUUCCCGACACCCGACUUUAUCGGUUCUGUGCCACCCACAGUAGCUGACGAUGCACCUAUCGACCUUGUAUUUGUUGAUUUCAUCGAAACACAGCUGUUACAGAUUCUCAACUCAGUGCAAUCGGACAAGACGUUCACCACCGCGGAUGUGUCGUUAUAUAGCCCGAUUCUGGCUACACAGGCGGCCGCUGGACACAUUUUUGGAUGUGUUUGGCCGAUAUUAGGUUAUAAUAAAACACCAUAUAUUGAGCAUGAAGCUGAAGCUAAAUAA